AUGUCUACACAGGAUUUCAGAACCCACGUGGACCAGUCCUGCAGAUAUUCAGAAGAAUUUGUCAACAUUUAUUAUGACUGCAUGGAUAAAAAGAGAAGGCACCUGACAAGGCUAUACUUGGAUAAAGCCACCUUGGUUUGGAAUGGAAAUGCUGUUUCGGGACAGGAUGCACUGGGAGAAUUCUUUGAAUCCCUUCCAUCAAGUGAAUUUCAAGUGCAUACACUUGAUUGUCAACCAGUUCACGAGCAAGCAACGCAGGGACAGACAACUUUGCUGGUUGUAACAGCAGGCUCAGUGAAGUUUGAUGGAAACAAGCAACGGUAUUUUAAUCAGAACUUCCUGUUAACGGCACAAGCAUCUCCUAACAGCGACCAGCCUGUCUGGAAGAUUGCUAGUGACUGUUUUCGUUUUCAGGAUUGGGCCAACUGAAGUAUUUGUACUCUGAAUUACCUGUUUUUGCUACAAUUCCAAGUGUUAAUAAAGAUUUUUUUUAGUUAAAAA